AUGAUAUUGUUUAUUUAGGACAAAAUUAAUAAGUCAAGAGAAGAAUUUAGAGUAUAUAUAUUAGAAGAAUAAAAAUGUAAAUAAAUCAAUUCAUUUUUAAGACAAAUUCAUUUGGAUAAAUUAUGAAAAUGCUAUUAUAGAAUUAAUAUCAGAUUCUGAAUUUGGAAUGGGAGUUUGCUUGACUAAAUGUUUUGAUAAAGUAGAAUUCUUUGGUAAUACUAAUAAUUGGCUUAAAUUUAUGAAAAGGUUUGCCGUACGAUUCUAUCGCUAUAAUACAUAGCAAAACAAAUAUAAAUUCUAAUCAUUUUUAUAGUUUUUAUAUUUUACAAUAAUCUUUCAUUUUAUCUGUAUCAAAAAACUUAACAAAAUUUAAUUUGGAGAAUAAUAUAAAGGAAAAAAUUUAUAAGAUAAUUUAGAUUUAUCAAAAUAUUCUUAAAAUCAUCUAUCUAUGAUGAUAAUGUAGAUAAAAAAAUUUUAAAGAAAUUUCAGUAACUGA